AUGGAUGUAAAAUUGGAACACAAAAUUCUUAAGAGAAUGAAAAGACACAAGAAAAGAAAUGGGACUAUACCUUCCUGGAUAUUCUCCCUCCCUUCAAUAGGGAUUUUAGACUUGAGUGAUAACCAUUUAAGUGGAAAUAUUCAGGAGUUCUAUUCCGAAUCAUUGUAUCGAGUUGCUCUAAAACAAAAUCAGCUGCAAGGUCCUAUUCCAAAGUCACUCUUAGAUCUGCAGGGCCUUCAAUUUCUUCUCCUUUCACGAAAUAAUCUCAGUGGACAGAUUGCUUCAACCAUCUCUAAUCUGACAAAGCUGUUAGUGCUAGAUUUGGGCAGCAAUAAUUUGGAGGAAACAAUCCCACUAUGUUUGGGUGAGAUGAGUGGACUUUGGAUUUUGGAUUUAAGCAACAAUAGUCUUAGCGGGAAAAUUAAUACAACUUUUAGUAUAGGAAACCAAUUUAUAGUGAUUAAAUUUGAUAAGAAUAAGCUAGAGGGGAAAGUUCCACAAUCUUUGAUCAAUUGCACAUAUUUGGAAGUUGUUGAUUUAGGUAACAAUGAGUUGAGUGACACAUUUCCUAAAUGGUUGGGAGCCCUACCUUAUUUGCAGAUUUUGAUUUUGAGAUCAAAUAAGUUCUAUGGCCCUAUAAAAGAUUCAAGGACUGAUAACUUGUUUGCUCAAAUUCGAGUCAUAGAUCUCUCAGCCAAUGGAUUUAGUGGAGAUUUACCAGUUAGCCUUUUUGAGAAUUUUGAAGCCAUGAAAAUGAUUGAUGAGAGCAGUGGAACCCGAGAGUAUAUAUUCAAAUUCCGACACAACAAUAUAUAUUCUUAUUAUUACACGAAUUCUUUGACAGUGACAACAAAGGGACUGGAUCUUGAACUUCCUCGAGUUUUGACUACAGACAUGAUUAUGGAUCUCUCAAGGAAUAGAUUUGAAGGUCAUAUCCCAAGCAUUAUUGGAGAUCUCGUUGGGCUUCGUACGUUAAACUUAUCUCAUAAUGUCUUGGAAGGUGAUAUACCAGCAUCACUGCACCAGUUAUCUGUACUUGAAUCAUUGGAUCUCUCAUCCAACAAAAUCAGCGGAGAAAUUCCACAACAGCUUGCAUCCCUCAAAUCACUUGAAGUCUUAAAUCUCUCUCACAAUCAUCUUGUUGGAUGCAUCCCCAAAGGAAAACAAUUUGAUACGUUUNCGGAGAAAUUCCACAACAGCUAG